AUGGUCCACGCACAUAAAAACACACAAUUUUCGGCGCAUGUUGAUCGAGUUAUAUCUGGUGUUAAGCGUAAAGCUGUUGAAGAUCCAAAAACACCGAUUCAACAAAUUUAUGAUGAUGAAGUUACAAAAUUUGAGGAGAAUGAUGAAAAGAAAGAUGAUGUUUACAAAACGUGGUUGAUAGAAACUGUAGGAAAAUUAUUACCCAAAAAACCUGAACUUAUUAAAGCCAUAGGAGAACUAGAAUGUCCAAUUCUAACGACGAACUAUGACUCACUUCUUGAGGAUAUACUGACUAAAAAGCCAUUAACCUGGAACAAACAUUUUACUGAAGGAUAUUCCAAGGAUAACAUUAGUUUACCUUUAGAACGGGUUUAUGUAGAAUUGAAAUUUUAUCCAACUCAUCCAUCUAUCAAAGCAAUGAAAAUGCUUGAAAUUUCUGAAGAAUUUAAGCGUAAACUAUUUUCUUAUGGUUUCUUUGAUGAGAAUGAAGUGAAAAAAAUUAAUAGAGCCAUCAGAGAAAGAAGUACCGAGAAUCCUGAAACAUUUUAUAGGAAUUUUAUGACUGAACAAUGGCUGAAUGUAUUAUUAGGUAACAAAAAUAUAUUUACUGAAGAUGAUGCAGAUUCUAUUAAGAAUAAGGUUAAUCAAUUAAGAAAAGACAUUUUAAAAAAAUGUAACGUCAAAGAAAUAAAACAAUAUCAAAUUCGUCAAGCAUACACUGAGUUUAAGCAUUUUAUUACCUUGGGUCAUCCUGGCUCAGGUGAAGAAAAUAAUUUAUUUGAUAACGCCUCUUCUUUUAAAACAAGACUACCAAUUCUUAUUCCAAUUUGGAAAUACGUGGAACAAUUGAAAGAAAAUCAGGCCGACAAGAAAAAAACUUUACUUCAGUUUAUUUAUGAAAAUCCUACGCUUGAUUUUUAA